AAUGUUAUAAUUAAUCAAUCUAGUUGGGGUUGAAGAUGUCGUCCGACAGACUAAGAAGAAGUUACGAGAAAUAUGCUCCCGUUGCGAAAGAGUCAAAGGUCGAAGAUCUCAUCAGCCAAUUUGAAGAGUACAAGACAAGCUCGAGAAGAAGAUUCUCUUCGCGUUUCGACGAAUUGACUUAUUGUCCAAGAAACGUGGAAAAAGCAAAGAUACCUUUAGCUUGCAUGAAAAUGUUUGACGAUUUAGGCUUCUUAAAUAUGAUAAAUGAAGAAGAGUUAGCAAGGGAUACGAAUUGCUGUAUUCUAUUAAUUGCUGCAAUUUGCCACGACGUCGAUCACCGAGCAUUGACUAACCCUUAUCUUAUGGAACAAAGAGGCAGGGAACACGGAUCAAUCGUUUCGAGGGCUAGUGUCAAGGACAGCGUUCAAGAGCGACACCAUUUCUACGUUACGGAGAACGUUCUGGGAAGAGAAGGUUGUGAAAUUCUAAAGAGCCUAAAAACUAGUAUGGGAAAGAAAUUGAGUAAAAUAAAGCGUCUUCUAUUAACAACCGACGCAAGUAUGGACAAAUUUAAAGAUCAUAUUAGCAUAUUCAAAGAGCUAUCGGACAAUGUAAAGGAGCAAGAUCACAUCAACUCAUUUUAUAGAGAUAACGACGCUCUAAUUAUGGAUCUUAUAAUUUCGUGCGCCGAUUUAUCAGAUCAAGUGAAGGAUUUUGAAAACGCUCGAGAAGCCGCUUGUCUAGUUCUAAAAGAGUUUUACGAUCAAGGUGAUAAAGAAAGGAAGGAAGGGAAGCCAGUUCUAGACAUUUAUAAAAGGGAUUCUCCGGUUUAUAAAGGUCAAAUAUUCUUCUUUCAAAAUAUGGUAUUGCCGCUAUUCUUGGCUUUAAAAGUAGCUUUCCCAGAAAGUAGACGAUUGUAUAGAAAUGGUCAAAAGAAUCUUGAAAUGUGGUCAACCGAUGAAUUUAAAUCGUUUAAAGUCCAAUAG